AUGGCAUCUACCGGCGCCAUCUCACGGAUCCCUUCUGAUAUCAUCGCCCACAUCCUCUCUCAACUGGAAACCAUCGAAGACUUGACCGUUACCAUUCGAAGCCAUCGCAUCUUUCUAAACGCCUUCAACGACGGCCCUUAUUCGAUUGCUAGCGCCAUUGUCAAGAGCCAGAUUCCAAGCGUCGCCGCUCCUCUUCUUGUCGCGUUGGUAGAGUCUUCCCGUAUCGCCCAUCGAGUCGACAUAGAUGUAUUUCACGAGAUUCUGGAUCGCCUCGCAAGCGCUAUUUCUAGUCCUAGUCAGACGACAUCAUUCUUUCUAUCAAACCUUUCCCUACCGGAGCUCGCCCUUUGUAGUCGCCAUUACGCUGCUGCCGAGUCACUUGCGCAUGAUCUGGCCGCCGAGGUGAAGCCCAUCGCUAUCCAGAAACUUGAUUUUGGAUGCUCCGCUUUGCCGCACCUCACCUCAACGGAGAAAGCUCGACUUGUUAGGGCAUUUCUACGAUAUCAGCUUUUGUGCAAUCUCUUCUGUCCUCCCGAUAGCGCCUGUCCUUUGUCGGAUGACGAUGACGAUGACACUUUUGACGAACUUGCAUGGCAUGAUGUGGAAUGGGGCGAGUUGCCUGUCGAUAACUAUAUGGAACCAGAUGAAAAUCUUCGUCUUCAGGGAUUUCUUUCCCAGGGACUCGAGUUCCUAAGUGACGUUGCCCGUGCUGAUUCACAUGCUUCACGGGCUCGUCUUUUGCGGCUGGAUGGUUAUCUGUCACGGGAGUUCGAACGACUUCCCUCUCAGCAAUUCUACCACCGGUUUCCUAGCCAACGUCUCGUUGUGGCCACUGGCCUAUCAGACUUGGAUACGCCACUGCAAGACUGGACAGCGGAUCAACUGGGGCUUCUCUCCCAACGAGGAGACGGGCCGCGGGACUCGAUGGGAUCGACUUCGUACCUUUUGUGGCUCGGAGCUAACGCUAGACGAUCCAGUUCCGGGGAAAGCUCUGAUAUGCACGAGAUAGAUGACGAUACGAAUCUGUGGCAGUUAGGUUACAACGUCUGGGACUGGGAAUUUCCAGAUUCCACUCCCUCGACGAGCGUCAUCAGAAAAGCUUGCCAUGAGGUGCGAUCCAUGCCUCCUCCUUUCAAGCCAGACAUGCAGUUCGAUGAUGUGAUAUUGCGAUCUCAAAGGCAGCGCUCGGAUAUAUAUUUGGCAGGAGGAGACGGCUACUGGCCGAUGGGCGGUGCGAUUGAUUUUGGCGGCAUACAAGGGUUGAGCCCGGACAAGAUCGCGGAUCUGCUGUACAAAUGGGGCAUCGAUAUGGAUGUGUAA